AUGAAUAAUUCGAACAUAACAAUUGAACAUGGAACAACACAAGUGAACAUGGCCAGCAAAUUAUCAAUUAUUUUGGGAGUUGGAAUUCCUGGUAUUCUUAUAUUAAUUUGUCUUAUCGGUUUCUUGGCUAAAUUUAUUGUUGAACGUCGCAGUGAAAAAAGGCGUGGUCGGCUUCGACAUUCAAUAGAAAAAAAACCCGGCACUGAUCGAAAGCCAUUAGAAGGGACAAAUGGCAAUUUAGGAAAUUCAGUGGCCACUUCUGAACAAGGAAAUGGUUCUAAACAUAUCGUAAUACCCCAGGAUAGAUCAGAUUUAAAAACAGUGCGAUUACAAAAAGUCAAUCCGAGCCAAUCAAUUAAUCCUAGUCCAGUAGAUCCAUCCCAAUCCCAAAAUCCACCCGCUGAACCAAUGAACGGAUUUGAUGCAUCGGAUGUUUUCAUGAAAUUAUUGGUUAAACGUGAAAAAAAUCAAAAUGAAUUCAGUUUCGAUGUAAUAACAAUUAAUGUUGAAAAUCCACCAAAAGAAUUUAAAGAAAUAUCUAAAAAAUUACCGACGCUUGUACAUGGCGAUGUUAUAUUAAAUGACAUUGAUGAAAUCGAAGAUUAUUUAGAUACAAUAUAUGAAAAUUAUAAAUUAGGUGUACAAGAUCAAGAAGCAUUGCAAGCUCAAAUGAAUGUUUUUAUAAAAUUUUCCUAUUUUAUCAAAGAUAUCAGCGAUAAUCCACAACAAUUAUUAACUGAAUUAGAAAAAAUUGAUCAAUUUUUAGCACAACGAGGUACAAAAUACAUGUGUGGAAAUGAUAUUACUGGACUUGAUUGUUCAUUAUUGCCUAAAUUGCAACAUAUUCGAGUGGGAUUAAAUUACAUAAAAAACAUGUCAAUACCCGUUAAAUUUGGCUCAUUAUGGCGUUAUUUAGCAUUAGCCUAUGAAAAUGAUUCAUUUGUAAAAUCUUGUUCAUCCGACCAAGAAAUUAUCUGGCAUUGGAUACAUCGUGAAGCAUCACCAAAAGAACUUUUACAAUUACAAAUGGAGGAACCGAAAUAUUCGUUCGAUGUACCAGAUUCUUUGGGUAAAAGAUAA